AUGCCUUUCAGACAACUGCCGGUGCCCAUGGCACGUUGCUUGCGCAGCUUCGGCCCUGCAGGUGGGAGAGCAGGGGGAUUAGUCCGCUUCAACCAGACAUUGGCGUCCAGCAUCGCCGUUGUCGGCCCCGGUCGUCAACUUGCCGGCUUCUCAUCCGCGGCCCCACUGCAUCGAGGUGGGGAACCAACAUCAUCAUCCUCCUCCCAUGCUGGUAUAAAGCCCACCAACUCUCGGCCCGUGGUCCAAGACGAAUUUAAGGCCACCAUCGAACAAGCCCGGAAUUUAUCUUCAAAAUCAACCGAGAUGUAUACUGCCUCUUUUGCCUUCUUCGAGGCGCUAUGGGACGCCGGCGUCACCCACUGCUUCGUGAACCUGGGUUCUGACCACCCCAGUAUCAUUGAAGCUAUGGUCAAGGGUCAGAGGGAGCGAAAAGGAAAUUUCCCUAGAAUCAUCACCUGUCCCAACGAAAUGGUUGCCAUGUCCAUGGCGGAUGGUUACGCCCGCCUGACGGGAAAGCCGCAAUGUGUUAUUGUCCAUGUCGACGUAGGAACGCAAGGUCUAGGUGCUGCCGUCCACAACUCGUCUUGCGGUCGCGCACCAGUCUUGGUGUUUGCCGGACUAUCUCCCUUCACUAUCGAGGGCGAAAUGAGGGGCAGUCGAACAGAGUACAUCCACUGGAUUCAAGAUGUCCCCGACCAAAAACAAAUUGUCUCGCAGUACUGCCGGUACUCUGGUGAGCUCAAGACAGCAGCCAACGUUAAACAAAUGGUCAAUCGCGCCCUGCAGUUCUCCAAAUCGGACCCUCAAGGCCCCGUAUAUCUCUGCGGCGCCAGAGAGGUCAUGGAGGCUGAGGUCGAACCGUACAGCAUCCGCCAAGAUGAGUGGGACCCUGUUGAGCUCGGAGGUCUUCCCAAGAGCGCCGUCAAUAAGAUUGCCGAGGCGCUGGCUGGUGCAAAGGAGCCCCUCAUCGUCACUGGGUUCGGCGGCAGAGAUCAUCAAUUCCCCGCCGCGCUCGUUGAGCUCGCAAACACUGUCAAGGGUCUGCGUGUUGUUGACACGGGUGGUAGCGACAUGUGCUUCCCCGCAGACCACCCCGGUUGGCUGGGCCUCCGAUUUGGUAUUGACGACGCCGUGAACACCGCCGAUGUCAUUGUCGUUCUCGACUGCGACGUCCCAUGGAUCAACACUUUGUGCCAUCCCAAGAAGGACGCCAAGAUCUUCCACAUUGAUGUUGACCCGCUCAAGCAGCAAAUGCCCGUCUUCUAUAUUGCCGCCCAGUCGAGAUACCGAGCGAGUAGCCUGUUGUCAAUUGAGCAGAUUACUGCCCACCUCAAGGACCAAUAUUCUACCCAAUUGGAGUCAGCGGAAGCCAAGGAGCGUGAGGCAAAGGUCAAUGAGUCUCAUAAGCAGCUCCUUGCCAAAAUUGAGGAAAAAGCACAGCCCAAGGCGGAUGGCGAGUUUGGCACUGGCCACCUUACCCGAUCACUGAAGAAGCUUUGCCCCGAGGACACCAUCUGGGCCAUUGAGGCUGUGACAAACACCAUUUUCGUCCAUGACAACCUUCAACCCACACUGCCUGGGUCGUGGAUCAACUGCGGCGGUGGUGGCCUCGGAUGGUCCGGCGGCGGUGCUCUCGGAAUCAAGCUGGCGUCCGAUUUCGAGAAUGGCGGUAGCAACAAGGGCAAGUUCGUUGUGCAAAUCGUGGGCGACGGCACGUUCCUCUUUUCUGUGCCAGGUAGUGUGUACUGGAUCGCCAAGCGGUACAAUAUCCCGAUUCUGACGAUUAUUCUGAACAAUAAGGGAUGGAACGCACCCCGGCGGUCGCUGCUUCUGGUGCACCCCGAUGGCGAGGGCUCCAAGGCGACCAACGAGGAAAUCAACAUUUCGUUCGACCCGGCACCUGAUUAUGCCGGCAUCGCCAAGGCAGCGGCGGGCGGGGAUUUGUUUUCUGCACGCGUAGAUAACGCGGCGGAACUCGACGGCGUGCUCAAGAAGGCCAUUGAGACGGUGCAAGGCGGCCAACCGGCCGUUUUGGACAUCAAAGUCGCCCUGGGUUCCUAG